AUGGAUCAGGGCGCGUCGUACGAGGGUCCCCAGUUUCUUCUGGAGCCGCCCGGUCUCGUGCGUUUCACCAACACGUCCGGCACCCGGCUGGACUGUCGGGGGCGCGGAACCCCGCCCCUCGACGUGCUCUGGACUCUUGACUCCGGCGACCCCGUCUCCUACGUGUCCGGCGUCAGGGAGUCGCUGUCCAACGGCAGCCUGUACUUCCACCCGUUCCCGGCUCGCCUGUUCCGCCUGGACGUUCACGGGGGCCGCUACCGCUGCGUCGUCUCCAACCGCUACGGCAAGAUCAUCAGCAGGAUGGUCCGGCUGAAGCCAGUGGUGCUGCAGGACUACGAGGUCACAGCCGUGGGCGGAAGGUCACCGCCGGGUCAGAGCGCGCUGCUGACCUGUCGCGUGCCGGCCCACGUCAGGUCGGCGGUCAAGGUCACCUCCUGGGGCGUCGACGGCGUGCUCAACGUGUACCCGACCCUGUUCGGAG